AUGCCCAUAACGACUGAGACGCGGGAGUGGGCGGCGAGGAUACCCCAAGAUCUUAAUCAAGCCGGCAUUCACAGCAGCGUCGAGCGCGUCACUACUUUAGGAAUGGAGAUGGAACAGGUCGUGCGGUGUAUCACAAGGGAGUCCGAGGAUAUCCAAGCUCGGCAAGUUGCGAAGGAGAUCCUCGGUUGCGUAGAGAGCUUCAAGGAACGCGUCAUACCAGCCUUUGCUAUCAUCACCUCGUUGAAGGAAGAGCUCCAGCGCGCACGAGAGGAGAACCAUCGGCUCGCGGGCGAUUUAGGACAGGUGCAGCAGCUACGCGCCGAGCAUAUUCGGAUGGCGACAAAUAUCAGGGAGAGCGAACAGAUCAUCGCAGCCCUGUCGAAAGCCAUGGAUGAUGCCAAGACGGAGACGGAAACUCUGAGACACGAAAAGGGUGGCCUGGAGGAGGAAAUGGAGAAAAUGAAGGGGCAGAAUGCAUCGCUUGAACGAAAGGCGAGGAGUAAGGAGGUAGCAUUGGAGCAGGUCAAGUUGGAUUUCGGGAAGCGGAUCAAGUCACGGGACGAGGAGCUGGAAACCGUGAAACGGCAAAGGGAAGCUCUAAAAGAUAAGGAGAUCAAAUAUAAAAGCCAGGUGGAAGCAAUGUCGAGAGAGAACGAACGAUUGCGGCAAGAACUGAAACGGUCGCAGCGUCAAGCACGUACCGACGGGCCUUUUGCUUCAACAUCCAACUAUCCUGCGUCCGACAAGCUCGUAGACCUCGACUCAGACGAAGAUGAUUACGACGGUGCGCCUUUGCCUACUCCUCCAUUGAGCUCGGACCCGGCAUGGGAGUCGGAGCCUCGAAGGACCGCACCCUCUGUCGUGCCACAGAAGCGGAAGGCCGAUUUACCCAUCGCAUUGGAUAGGAAUGGUAAACCCAAGGGAUGCGUGCAGCUCGGAUCCCGACGCAGAUGGUGA